UGAGGCAGAGAUGACGAGGAAGAAGAUGCCAAAACACUGCAAGGCCGUUUGAGUCGGCAUUUAAACAUCAAUUGGUAAUGCUCCAAAUUUGCAACUUGCAUUUGAUAACAUGUGCUGUUAAGGAUCAUGUAAACAUCUGCAAUGUCUCCACCAGAGCGUCUCGACAUGAGCUCAUGGGGCUUGUCUGAGUUUUUGGUCCAGAGGAGGCUGCUUGGUUUUGGGGCGCUACUGGCCUGGAUGGUCUUGUUCCACCUGCUGGUCAACGUUUGGCUCCUAUGUGUCUUCACAAGCCUCUUAGUGGUCUUAGGUGGCUGGCUUGGUUCCCAGGCUGUCCUGGACUCAGACAGCGUUAUUCAUCUGGAGCGCUUUGCUAGGCUGGAGGAGAUCCCGCAUAAUGCCGAGAGCGAGCAACAACUGGAAGAUGAGAUCCAGAAGACAGUUGCCAAGAUCAUACAUGACUUUGUCACCUCGUGGUACUGCACCAUUUCCAGAGAAAAAGAGUUUGAGGAUGAGGUGCACAAUGCCAUGAUCUCAAUUGCGAUGGAGCUGAAGGGUCGAGCUGCAAGAGUUGACAGGAAAGCUUUAUCCCAGAGGGUUUUAGACCUAUCUGAAUGCCACCUUCAGUGUUAUUUGAGUGCCAAUGAAGCCGUUAAACAUCAAGAGGUGAACAAAGAUGGAGAUCUCUGGGAGGCGUACAGCAAACUCUGCCCUCAUCAUCCCACCCUUCAGAGCUCUGCUGUCGAGGUGAAUUACGUACGGGCCAUUGUAGACCUGCUUCUCCAUGUUCUUGUACCUCCUCCACAUUUAGAAACCAGAACAGGUCGAUUUGUGGUGGGUGAACUUAUAACAUGCAAUGUUCUGCUGCCUUUAAUUGCAAAACUGUCAGACCCAGACUGGCUAAACAUGUUGAUUGUAAGCAUCUUCAGUAAAUCCAGUGAACCAGCCCCAGAGCCAGAACAAGUAGAAGUUCAAGCUCCACCACAAGUCGCAUCUGAUCAAGAAAACGCACUGAAAGAACUUGAGAUUCCUUGCGUUCUGACCCUAAAAGUCAACCCAGAGACCCCCACAGCAAUGGAGGCCCCAACGCCAGAACUUGCAGUUUACGAUGUCAUUGACUCCACUGAUCUUUAUUCUCCACACAACCUGGAGGAAGAUGAGCUACGGUUGACUAAACCAUUUCCAUUGGGUUUUAGCCCCAGGGAUUUUCUGAGACUCAACAAGUCCAAUCCUUUCUAUCAAGAAAACGACUCAGAUUUAGAUUCUCCUUUAACGGACUUCAAGCGAAGCUCCCUAGAAUCACUGGUUCUGAUCGGUUCAGAGGAGACCCUUUCAGAAAGACUGGCAGAAUGCACCACUCCAGUUGAUGCUGUGUUAGACCUUGAGGAUGAGCUUCCAACAUACACCAAUACGACAGAGAAGGAGCUAUCAGUACAUUCCACCUGUGUGCCUGACGAAGAGUCAUCAAGCUUUUGCUCUCUCCAAAAUUUGGAGAAGAGCAACUCUAGUGCAGACCACCCAGGCCUGGUGAACCCCUGUGAGCUGGCUUUGACUGCACCCGUCCAGCCUUCUUCCCCAGCUGGGAUGGCAUCCGUGGCACCUUUCAGCUUCGAGCCCCUUAGCAGCCCAGAGGGUCCAGUCAUUAUCCAGAACCUGCGCAUCACUGGCACCAUCACUGCCAAGGAGCACAGAGGCACUGGCUCACAUCCCUACACUCUCUACACUGUAAAGUAUGAGACAGCCAUGGACACUGAGAAUCCUGAAGCUUUGCAGCCCAUGGCCUAUCACACUGUCAACCGACGCUACAGUGAAUUCCUCAACCUUCAGACCCGUUUGGAGGAGAAACCAGAGUUACGCAAGAUUCUUAAAAAUGUGAAAGGACCAAAGAAAAUAUUUCCUGAGCUUCCAUUUGGAAACAUGGACAGUGACAAAGUCGAGGCCAGGAAAAGUCUUUUGGAAACAUUCCUUAGACAACUUUGUGCUAUUUCUGAAACGGCCAACAGUGAGGAAAUGCAAGAAUUUCUUGCUCUAAACACUGAUGCAAGAAUUGCCUUUGUGAAGAAACCCUUCAUUGUUUCACGCAUAGACAGGAUUGUGGUGAACGCUAUAGUGGACACCCUGAAGACGGCCUUCCCUCGCUCAGAACCACAAAGCCCUACUGAUGAAAUUGACGGAGAUCCUGAUGGGAAACUGUCCACUGACAAGAAAUCCAAGUCUAGAAUGAGGUUCUCUAGUAAAAUUGCCCCUGCUCUCAAUGUGUCAGACAUGAAACCCAAAGUGAUUUACUGCUUUGAUGAAAGCAGCUCUGUUUUCAAUGGCUUCUCGUUAAAUGAGUUUGAGAGCUUCAUCUCAGAGAAGGAGCGUUUAGAGGGUAAAGCAGGGUUUGAUCCUGAUGCAGAGAGAAGUGGAGGCCCAGGACCUAAAGGGGAUAUGAAAACAUGCACGUGUGCCAGAGCACAGCUACAGAAUGCACCUGCCAUCAGUGACUCUGCUAGUGAGACACCUCUAUCUGACCAGGCCCUGAAUAUCUUGUGUGUGCUCAUGAAGGAUCAUUGGAGCUGGCUUUGCACAGAGAACAUCCAGAGGACCAUCAGAAUGCUGUUUGGGACCCUCAUUGAAAGGUGGCUGGAGGUGGGUCUGGUUAACCUGACCUGUACGCAGUAUUGGGUGGUUUAUCUGCGGGUGCUGCAGGAGGCCAUCUGGCCUGGAGGAAGUCUGCCGGCUCAACCCAGACCCCACCGCAGCCAGCAGCAGAAACAGGAGAGCAGACAGCAGGCUCUGCAGUGCCUUAUGAAACUACUGCCAGAUCUGAUGUCUGAUAUGCUAGGGUCUGAGAAGUACAAGAUAUCUUGGCAGAUGGUUGUUGAUUCUUUUCAGGACCCCACAAUAAACAGGCAUCUUGUGUACUGCAUCUGGGAUCUGCUUAUCGAGUUUCUUGUCCCUGAGGCAUCUGAUGGGGACUUUCAGAAAACACUUCUGCACAGCCUGUCCAAAAACGCUGAGAAGCUGCCACCAUAAGUGUGCUGGGGUGGAAUGGACUCUUAAAAACACUUGCCUGCAUACAUGCGUAUCUCAUACAAACAUGUGAUAUUAGGUGGAAAUACAGGCAGGAACAUGUGAUCAAGAGAGUGUGGAUUUGGAUUCAUGACAGCCUGUGUCUGGCACUGAUUUGCUCUCCCUGUUUCUAGGACACACUGCGCAGAUCUUGGAAGGCAUUGAUUAAUGGCCACCUGUUUUGUGUUUUAUCAAACCACAAGUCCAAUCUCUAAAGCCUGACGUACCGGAUCUGAUUUAGUCGCAAGUUUUAUACACCUUGUUCCCACUUCAGCUUUGGGCAAAGCUCUUACAGAUGGAUUGCGCAGAUCAUUUCUGCCCCAUCCUAAUACGCGUUUCUGGCCUUUCGCUC